GAGUCCCGACUCGUCUUUGUCCCCUCAUCACUCUCUCUUUCUUGAACCCUAACUUCUUGGCGUCGGCGGCGGGCGGCGAGAGAGAGAACCUGAAGCCACCCUUCUCCUACGCAUCACAAGGGCUUCACGCGGUCUUUCCCUAGACUAAAGAUGGGGAUUGGUCCAGCUCCGUUCUCUGAGAUUGGGAAGAAAGCUAGAGAUCUUUUGAACAAGGAUUACAACUUCGACCACAAAUUCAUUUUUUCUAAAACAAGUGAUUCUGGUCUGGGUCUUACGGCUACUGGCAUCAAAGUAAAUGAAUUAUUUAUUGGUGAUAUAAGUACACAGUACAAAAGUGGUAAAACAGUUGUUGAUGUCAAAGUCGAUACAAAUUCCAAUAUCUCAACAACAGUUACUGUUAAUGAAUUGUUGGCUGGUGCAAAGACUUCAUUGAGCUUUAAGAUACCUGAUCAGAAGUCUGGGAAGCUUGAUGUGCACUACCUCCAUGAUCUUGUAGCUUUCAAUUCUAGCAUUGGCUUGACCCCGACCCCUUUGCUGGAGUUUGCUGCAGCAAUUGGCAGCAGGGAACUUACUCUGGGUGCUGAGAUUGGAUUUGAUAGUGCAUCUGCUUCUUUCACCAAAUACAAUGCUGGGUUGGGCUUUAACAAGCAUGAUUUCUCUGCGGCGCUAAUGUUGACCGACAAGGGAGAGACCCUCAAGGCUUCUUAUAUCCAUGUGCUAAAUCCAAUCAAUGGAGCUGCAGUGGCUGCUGAAAUGAUCCACAAGUUCAACACAAAUGAGAACGGUUUCACCAUUGGAAGCUCGCACAAUGUUGAUCCUCUGACCAUGGUAAAGACACGGUUUAGCAACAGCGGAAAGGCUGCUGUCCUCUGUCAGCACCAGUGGAGGCCGAAAUCCUUCAUAACGCUUUCGGCCGAGUACGACCCCAAGGCAGUAAGUGCACCUUCCAAGUUGGGUCUGGCUCUAGCUCUCAAACCUUGAGAGCCAGACGAAGUCCUCUCUUUAUGGGCAUGUUUUAAUGUGCUCUUGGCCACAUUAUUCUUUUUGAAGUUGCACCAUGGUUUUGAGAAACCCUCUUUAGAAAUAUGGAUAUAAAGUAUCCAAAACAAAAGUGGCUGAGUUCGAACUCAAUUUUGAUUCAUCAUAUCCAUCCUUCACGAUGAGAGUUCAUAUCACACACAUUAUUUACUUAAAUGUAUUUUGUCUGCUGUUUGGGUUCUACGUUGGACAGUGUUGAUUCUGUUGUUAAAACCAUUAAUGUCGUACGCAAGCGGAUCUUUCCGAUCCGGUAGUUAAAAUUUUGAGGUCUUUUGAA